ACAUUGCUGCUGUGAAUGAUCCAUUCAGAGAAACGAGGAGAAUCUCCUAAUGAAGAGAAGAUGGAGAUGCUUCCAGUACAUGGCCAGGAAACCGUGUUACAAGAAUUGAGUCUUUUCUGUAAAAGAGAUGUCAAUGGAGUUGGAGUGUUAUACGACCUGCUCAGAUCUCCCUGGCUGCAAGCUCUCCUAAAGGUUUAUGAAUGCCUCCAUCAAUCUAUCAGAAAAAAACCAGUCCCAGUCACACCCCAAGCACGUGCACUGUUUCGUGAGGUGGGGGAGUUGUUGCGUGGAGUCCCUCAAUCUACAGAGAUCAGAGAGCUGAGACGACUUCUGCGAAAUCCAAACUUGAAGGCCUUACUAUCAGCUCAUGAUACUGUGGCCCAGAAAGAUUUUGAACCAAUCCUUCCCCCUCUACCAGAUAACAUCCCUGAAAAUGAAGAAGCCAUGAGGAUUGUCUGCUUAGUGAAAAACAAGCAGCCCCUGGGUGCCACCAUUAAACGCCAUGAGAUAACGGGUGACAUUGUGGUUGCCAGGGUGAUCCAUGGUGGGCUAGCAGACAGAAGUGGGUUGUUGUAUGCUGGAGACAAGCUGGUAGAGGUGAAUGGAGUUCCAGUGGAGGGACUAGAGCCAGAGCAAGUUAUCCACAUUCUGGCUCUGUCCCAGGGAACAAUUAUGUUCAAACUGAUUCCAGUUUCUGAUCGGCCAGUCAGCAACCAAACAACACUCUAUGUGCGAGCAAUGGCAGAUUACUGGCCCCUGCAGGACCCUGCCAUACCUUGUGCUGAUGCAGGCUUGCCCUUUAAAAAGGGUGAAAUCCUUCAGAUUGUUGACCAGAAUGAUGUCCUCUGGUGGCAGGCCAGGCAAGUCUCAGACCUGAGUGCCUGUGCUGGGCUGAUACCAUCAAACCAUCUUCUGAAGAGGAAGCAGCGAGAAUUCUGGUGGUCUCAGCCCUUCCAGCCCCAUGUCUGUCUCAAAUCAACACUAUUGAGUACUGUGGAAGAAGAGGACGACAUGCAGAUUGAUGAGAAGUGUGUAGAAACAGAUGAAGAAACAUUUGAGUCUGAGGAGCUUAAAGAAGAAGAGGAGGAGUUCAGUGGAUCUGGCCAACGGGUCUUUAUUGCUGGUUUCCGUAGAAGCAUGCGUCUGUGCCGCAGGAAAUCCCAGAACACCCAGCAGCCCUGUUAUGCACGGUGUCCCAGCAGCUGUUGCAGCGCAGCAGCAGCAGCCCCUUAUGAGGAGGUGGUGAGAUACCAGCGACAUCCCACAGAUCGAAACCGACUAAUUGUGCUAGUGGGUCCUUCAGGGGUUGGCGUGAAUGAGCUAAGGCGGCGGCUUAUUGGAAUGAACCCUCAUCAUUUUCAAAGUGCUGUACCCCACACCAGUCGUGCUCAGAAAAGCUAUGAAGAGAAUGGUCGUGAGUAUCACUAUGUAUCAAAGGAAACAUUUGAAAACAUGGUAUAUAGUCACAGAAUGCUGGAGCAUGGGGAAUACAAGGGACACCUAUAUGGCACCAGUGUUGAUGCUGUGCGAACAGUUCUUGAUGAAGGGAAGAUCUGUAUAGUGGAUUUGGAACCACAGGGUAUCCAAAUGGCUCGGACCCACGAUCUAAAAGCCUAUAUUAUAUUCAUCAAGCCACCUAGUAUGAGCUGCAUGAGACAGUCUCGGAAAAACGCCAGGGUCAUUACAGACUAUUAUGUGAACAUGAAAUUCAAGGAGGAAGACUUGCAGGAGAUGGAGGACUGUGCUAAGAAAAUGGAAGCUCAGUUUGGUCAAUUCUUUGAUCAAGUGAUUGUAAAUGACAAUUUACAAGAGGCCUGUGUGCGGCUGCUGUAUGCAGUCCAUCAGGCACAGGAUGAUCCCCAGUGGGUCCCGGCUACAUGGAUAUGUUCAGACACUCAGCCAUAAUUCAGAGAAGCAGGCAGCUUCAUAAAGAUUAUAUCUUAUGUUUUACCUUCAGAAUAAUCCUGUCAGGAUUGUAAGAAUAUAUCUUUGUGUGGAGAGCGUUUGCAGGGGCAUUAGGAAAAAAGCUAUAAUAAGAUAAUCCUACUGUCUUCAUUGUAGUUCUUACUGCAACAUGUGAUGCUUAACAUCAAUUUUGUACCAAAAAAGUGCUGUAGUAUCUCAGAAUUACAAAAAUAAAAGAUCUGUUUUCUUGCA